ACAGACAUUUUGCUAGUUCCAUACUAAAAACAAUUUUCUUUUUGAAAUUUUUAAAAUUUAAAAUAUUUUUUUUUUUGCGUAAUGGAAGAAAAUGGACAUUUCCAGAGAAUUCAAGAAAUCUGUGCCCCUUUUGAAGUUAACAUCGAACAAUUGUUUCAAAUUAAGAAUCAAAUCUUGGAUGAAAUUGCAUCGAAUUUAGAAACCAAAUCAGAAUACCAAAAACCCACAAAUCUUAAAUGUUUCAAUACAUUUCUACAAGAUUUUCCACAAGGUUGUGAACAUGGUCGCUCCAUAGUUGUGAACGUAGAAGAAGAAAAUUUUCGUAUCCAUUUAUAUCAAAUGAGAGGUCAAAGAGAACCUCUCGUGCAAUCUGAAUUUUAUGAAAUAAACUCGAAAUUAUUGGAAAAUGAUGAGAAUGAGCUGUUCGUGCAUAUUGCAAAUACAUUGCAGAUGUUCUUAAAAAAGCUGCAAUUAGAACGUGAGCCAUUGGCCGUGGUCUUUGUGUUUCAGUUUCCUUUAAACAACCAAAAUUCGGAGCGAGUUAAUUUCACAGAAUAUACUAAACGUUUCGAUUUCAAGAACCAAAAUAAAGACGAUAUUGAUGUGCGUAAGUUGUUGGAGUCUAUCAUAAUGACAAAAUGUCCCAGGACCCAGGUGGUAGCAGUGAUAUCGCAAGCCACAGCGGUGUUUUGUGCGGCAACCUGGAAAUAUCCAAAUUGUGCUAUUGGAGUAUAUCUGGGUUCUGAAGAUACCAGCAUGGCUUAUAAAGAGAAAACUGGAAACUUUCCCUCUCCAAAUAAUCCCUGUCCCACAAAACCUUUCGUUGCUGUCCAUUUGGACUGGGGAGCAUUUGGUGAUAACGGUUGCCUUGAUCAUAUACGUCAUGAACUGGAUAUAAAAGUUGAUAAAUUGUCCCCUUUUCCCAGAAAACGUAUUUAUGAGAAAAUGAUUUGUGGUCAAUAUGUUGGAGAACUGGCGAGACAAAUAUUUUUAAUAUGUACCCAGCAAGGCUUUUUGUUUAAUGGAGAAAUAGGAAAACAACUCAUUACGCCCUUCUCUUUUAAUACACGACAUAUCUGCGAAGUGCUGGCUGAAUCUCCAGGCAAUUUCGACAACACCCGUUUAAUGUUUGAUCGUUUGGGCGUAAUGAAACCAACGGAUAGUGAAUGUUCAAAAGUCCAUUUUAUUUUGGAAUGUUUGGCAAAACGUUCUGCCGCCUUGUUAGCAGCUGGUUGUGCAUGUUUGGUGGAUAAAAUAUCUGAACCUGAUAUUCUGAUUGCCAUUGAAGGCAGCUUCUAUGGCAAUUGUUUGAUUUAUCAAAAAUUUGUAAGUGAGUAUCUAAGACAAUUGACCGGAGAGGGAACAAGAUUUCAAUUGAAAAAUGUGGAAGAUUCGGUUGGUCUCGGCGCAGCAGUUGUAGCUGCCAUAACUGAACAACAAAAAUUCCUUUAUCAAGCAGAGAAGGAAAACGAGUCGGAUGCACUUGGUACUGAGACGACAGAAACAACUGGAAAUGAAUUGUAAAAAAAAAACCAUUUUUAAGUGUAUCAAACUUGAUCAUUUGUGUUUAAAAUGGGAAGUUUUACUGGCAUUUAUAAACCCGCAUUUAAAUAUAUAUUUUUGAAUAUGUA